UUUAGUUUAGUUUAUUACUAAAUAAUUUUAUUUUUCUUACAUCGUAUUACUUGGCAAAGGUUGAGUCCUUUUCUCUACUCCGUUUAACCUAGCAAAUUCAAGCACGCCGCUGGUUCGCACCGUAAUUUCCCAUUUCUUCUUCACCAUCACUCUUACUGUAAUUCUUCAGCCGCCGUGUCGUUCUCGUGAAAUGCCUCCGGCAGCCACGACAGUGAUGCCCGCCGCCGACCUGACAUCACUGUAGCCGCCAACGCCAACGCCCACUCCCCUCCCCUCCCCUCCGCAGCAGCGCCUCUAUUGGCCGCGAUUAACUACACAGGUUAUCUCAAAAGGUUCUUUCUGAAUGGUUUUUCAGAGCGUUCUGUUCAAUUCAUGUAAUACAUAACAAGAGAAAAGUUUAUUUUUCUGUUUUGUUGUUGUACACUUAUGGAGGUGGCUAUAGUUGAAUCAGUAGGGGAUAUUCCUCUGCAAGACCCGCCGGAGGAAGAGUUUUCGGCUGCUGACUUGACUUGGACUAAGUUUGGGAAUGGUCAGCAUCAUGAUGAGGUUGCUCUUAUUCCUUAUGAUAGAGUUGAUGCUUUUAUAAUUGGUGAGUGCUCUAAUGUGUUGUGUCCGACUCGGUUUCAUAUCGAACGAGGAAGGAAACGGACUAUUGGUGCCUUGAAGGAGUACAAGGAUGAUGAGUAUCUUGAGUAUAGGCUGUAUUGGUGUUCGUUUGGCCCAGAAAAUUAUGGUGAGGGUGGAGAGAUACUUCCUAGUCGGAGAUAUCGACUUAACACUCGAAAUCGUGCUGCUAGACCUCAAUCGAUGCGUGGUUGUACCUGUCAUUUUGUUGUCAAACGUCUUUAUGCUCGUCCAUCACUUGCGCUUAUUGUAUACAAUGAUAGGCGUCAUGUUAACACGUCUGGAUUUAUCUGUCACGGGCCACUUGAUAAGGAUGCUAUUGGCCCUGGCGCCAAAAAAAUUCCAUAUAUAUGCAAUGAAAUUCAGCAACAAACAAUGUCCAUGAUAUAUCUUGGCAUUCCAGAAGAGAAUAUUUUGGAGAAACACAUAGAAGGAGUUGAGCGUUAUUGUGGUUCAAAUGCAAAAGCCAAUAGCCUUGCUUCUCAAUAUGUUCACAAGCUAGGCAUGAUUAUCAAGAGAUCUACUCACGAGCUUGAUCUGGACGAUCAAGCUAGCAUCCGAAUGUGGGUCGAACGCAAUCAAAAAUCUGUAUUUUUUCAUCAAGAUACUUCAGAGUCUGACCCUUUCAUCCUAGGAAUCCAAACAGAAUGGCAGCUGCAACAAAUGGUUCGUUUUGGUCAUCGCAGUGUUGUUGCAACAGACUCGUCCUUUGGUGUAAAGAGGCUUAAAUAUCCUUUGUUCACACUACUUGUUUUUGAUUCAAGACAACACGCACUUCCUGUCGCAUGGAUCAUUACACGUAGCUUUGCAAAACCUGAUGUGUCUAAGUGGCUGAAAGCUUUAAUUGAUCGAGCUCGUAGCGUUGAGCCUGGAUGGAAAGCCAAUGGGUUUUUAAUUGAUGACGCUGCCGCUGAUAUUGAUCUUUUGAGUGAUAUAUUUGGUUGUCCAGUCCUAUUUUCACUAUGGCGCAUUCGUAGAUCAUGGCUAAGGAAUAUUGUUAGGAAAUGCAAUAAUAUUGAAGUUCGGCGCGAGAUUUUUAAGCGUCUUGGAACAUUAGUGUACAGCAUUUGGGGAGGCACUAAUACAUCAGUUGCCUUAGAACAAUUUAUGUUGGAUUUUGUUGAUCAAACUGAUUUUAUGGAAUAUUUCAAAGUCUCAUGGCUGCCCAAGAUUGAAAUGUGGCUUUCGACAAUGAGAAAUUUUCCACUAGCAAGCCAGGAAGCUUCUGGAGCAUUAGAAGCCUACCAUGUUAAACUGAAAGCGAAACUUUUUGACGAUUCACAUCUAGGAGCGCUGCAAAGAGUAGAUUGGUUAGUCCACAAGUUAACAACCGAGUUGCAUUCAAGCUACUGGCUUGAUCGUUUUGCUGAUGAAAGUGAUUCUUUCCAGAAUGUGAAGGAGGGAUAUAUUGCUUCUACAUCAUGGCAUCGAGCACUUCAAAUUCCCGACUCUGCUGUCACCUUGGACGAUAAGGACCGUCUCUUUGCCAAAGUUGCGAGCCAAAAAGACAACAGCUUAACACACAUAGUGUGGAAUCCGGGAUCUGAAUUUUCAUCAUGCGAUUGUUCUUGGUCAUUACAAGGUAACCUUUGCAAGCAUGUGAUCAAAGUAAACAUGAUUUGUGAAAAUCUUAAAGGUUGUCAACCGUCAAUGUCUUUUCGGUCAUUUGACGAGGUUUUGACGGAUCUAAGGAGAAAACCUGUAGACGAUUCAUUUGAUUUGGACCUGUCAUUGGCUUGGACCCACCAAAUGCUAGAUCACAUACAGAAAUUUGUUGAAUUGAAUAAUUCUCCUGAUAUUGGUACUAUAGUUAAUAAUAUGCCUUUGAAAUGGGUUUCAAAGAAAGGUAGAACCUAUGUUGGCAAAAAUUCUUCAAUUUCGGCUGCUAUUCCUAGAAUCCGCAACACAGAAAGUGUUGUUAUACAUAAGAAGAAUCGGAAGCGGAAAAGAUUGUCACGACUAAGAUGACCGGUUCCGUUGAUUGCAAAAUGUAUUUCAUCAUAUCACCAUCAAAUGAAGAUAACAAAGAUAUUGCUAUGAGUAUGCACAUGGUUGGUAGUUGGAGAUAUAAUGAAGGUAACAAAAGCAACUCUGGUGCUUAUGUUUUGGAAGCCAUUCCCUAAUAUUUUUCUCUAAUUUUCAGAGUCAUAUGCUAGCAUAAAUAUUCAUUUAUUGAAUUUUUAUAUUGUAACAUCUCCAUUUUUUAAACUUGAAGUUCUUUCAAGUGCUUGGUUCACUAAGGAAUAUAGAUGUUUUUUGUUUUUGAAUUUACUUGUGUACAUAUAAAAACUGUUGGAAUGUUAUUAACGAGAUUUUUUAGCUUAA